GAAACAAUUUCAAAUUGUUUCGUGACUGAAAAAAAUAUGAGAUUUGCGCAUAAAUACAAAAAAAAAAACGAUCAAUUAUUUAUUUCCAGAUAAAAGAUCUACUGUGUGUCAAAAAUCGAAGCGCGACGGGAAAAUCUGAAGCAAAACAAUAAUAAUAAAUAAGUUCGUUUUUUUGUAUAUUUUAUAAAAAGUGCAGUAAUAUACGGAAUGAGCUGCUAUUGGUUAAUUUGAACAGCACAGAGGUUAGAAUCGACGUCGAAUUUGUCAGCUUCCCGCGAAAAGUCACACACACGAUUUUGCGUCGUUAUUUCGAGUAAACAUGCGCUUACGUUUGCACGUGAAUAAAAAUUUAAACAAUCAAGAGGAGUCCGAGCUGCAUCUUAUGCCAUGCAAAAUUCACGGUGACGAACCCGUAAAGGUUUCCUCCUUCUUCAAACCUUACAUUCACAAGGUGGACGAAGAACAUUCUGAUUGUUCUUUCCGCGGUUAUCCACUUCAAGGGAAGAAGAUCAAAGUACCUGCCGGCUAUAAGGGUGUGAUGUUUAUCGAGAAUAAAAAAGCGGAUACGGAAAAUAACAACCGAAAUUUGUAUUCUACAGGCACCUUUUCACAAUUCACAUACUGGAAUUACGACAGAAUACCAUCUAAGAACGACGCCGUCGCGGCGGCUUUAGAUUGGAUUGACAUAGCCGAAGCGUUGCACUCGUCAGAAACAUAGAUGUAAAUUCGAAGGAGAUCACGUGUUGAAAAAAACUAUUUUUGUUACACAUAAUUUUACCGGAGAAGAGGGAAAUAAUUGAAGAUAUUUUACAUAUAACAGAUUUAUUUUUACAUCAUAAUGAUUGGAUGGUUAUGUCACAAAUAAUGAGCGUAUAUGCGUUAGAAUCUAUUACCGUGUAUGUAAAGUUUGUGUAAAGAGAGAUUAUAGCAAUUAUGGUGUUGUGAUACAGUCUGUUCUAAUUAGCAGCAACAUGUUGAAAGAAAGUGUUUUCUAUCUUGACAUCUGUGUUUCGACUUCUUUAUUAUUGUUUUAUCUCAAAUGCAAUACGAUUAAUACGUGUAAAUGCAAUCCCGAAUAGAUCAUUUUCAGAGGCAUAAAUCUGUUUUAUAUAAGAUUAUAGUUUCAUAUUUAAUUUCCUAUUAAUAUAUUAAUAUAUUUAGUGCCAGUGAUAAAAAGUUCACAAUGACGGUAUCAUCCAGUGUGAAUUACUAUAGAAUGUACACACACAGUAUCUGAGAUUAACGUACGUGCUAAUUCUUUUAUAAUUACACAUCUGUAAAUUUACAAAAUACAAUUUUUUUUUUUCGAGAGAGAGAGAGAGUACGCGGUGUAUAUUGAAUAUUAUUAUUAGGCCAAGGAAUUCAAUCGGCGUGCAAACAGCACGCAUCGAACAUUCGUAUGCGCGAUGUUCACAUCUGUUUCCCCGAGUAUGAAAAAGUGGAGCGAAAUCUUCUGUGAAUUACGCGGAUUGGCAUAGAUGAGAGGCGAUGUGCGCGUUCGUUUUUAUUCUAAACGAAGUAUAUGUAUAUAUAUAUAUAUAUUUUCGUUAACUUUAAGAAAAAAGAAUUAUAAGUAUUUGCGAUCUUUGACUUGAAUGAAUUUUCUUUGGCUUCGUAGUAGUAAAAAUACUGAGGUACAAGAUUUGUAGAACUAAUCGAAAGAAAAUCGUGUAAAUAUCACGAAAACUCGCGUUUUUCGUUCGUCCCUUACAUUCUAAAUUAUCAAAAUUGCUCGAACAACAAAACAAUAAAAUCUUUUUGUGAUAUACAUAUAAUACUUUUCCCGAUGCUAUAUAUAUAUAUAUCGUUAAUAGAACAUAUAUAACUUAGAUUCUAAAGGACCUAUUUACAGUAACAUUUUACAAAGUUUCUAAGGAACUAAUCUAAAGAUAGGUCCGCUGCUUAUCACUUCGUUUCAUUCACAUGCAAAAGCUCUCUAACGUUUACUCGUUAAGUUUUAGUUUAAGGAAGUAAAUGCUCGCCUUUACAAAAGGCUGUAGUCUUGUUAUUGUUGUGUUUAUGGUGUUUAAGCUAAUCUUAUAUGUAUAUGUAUGUAAAAACGAACUGUGGGAACUUGUUGCUUGAUGGGCCUUAAAUCGAGACCAAAACCUCGAACAAGACUGAACCAAGUUGUUCGUUCAAACAAACCUGUCUUAACGAUUUAAUCUCUUUAAGCUAAAUAUAUGUACGUAUGAUCACAUUAGCUUAUCGUAUAAUUGUUCUGACGAAGAUUUCAUGUUCUCCGUGUCAGACACAUACACACUCACACGCACACAGACACACACACAUAGACACAUUCUUCGUUAAUUAGGCGUGUACUCUUUUAGAUAUACGAUUGUUCAAAGAUAUCUGUGAAAUUAAACGUAAUUCGAUAAGUAAAUAAUUCGCAAUUUCUUCUACUAUCGUGUAAAUAUUUGUUGCAACAUCUUGUUUUUUCUUUUGUACCCUGAUUUUAGAUGUAUAUUUCCAUGUAUACAUGAGACGACAAUGAAUUCUUUUUUUUUUUUUUUU